AUGCUUUAGAUAAUAUAGUAAUAGGCAGUUUAGUUUUUAGUGUGGAUACUUAAAAACAUUUGUUGAUUUUUGUACCAAAUAAAAAGACAUUGAAAAGAUAGCUAGAAGCAUUGAGCAUUUUGCACCAACUAAAAGAAUAUUUUUUUACUAUUCAAUGCAAUCAGUAGUCUGGAGACUAGAAUACCAUAUAGGCCCUCACACUGCACAGGUUGGCUCGUUUAGCCCUUAUCACUUGCGGCAGCGCAUCACAGUUUGGCAACAAAGUUGAUUAUAGAUUCGUGUUGUUGUUGCACCGACCGGCAAAUACUGCAAUUCAGCCAAAAUUGCACGCGCAACUUUGCCGUCCACUAGCAUUCGUUCAAGGUGCGGUCAACGCCCUUCUGCAGUCAUAUACUCAGAAUAUAAUCUAAAAUAUAAGUGCAUUUACUUACUUACAUAUGCGCUCCGAAACUUUUUGCAAACAAUUGUAUAAGGUGUAUGUCUAAAGUUUCUAUAUGCAGGGCUUACGAAGGUAGACUGCAUUUUCGUAUAUAAAUCAUCGACAAUUAAGUUAUAGGCACAGUUCAAACCGAUUUGCAAACGUGAUCAGUAUGAAUCCUCUAAAGAUUUUCUGCUUUAUGGCUUUCGUAUUAGCCAUUGCUAAUGCUUCACCCAAGCAUGGCAAGAACAAGGACAACAUGAAUAGCUUAAAACCUGUGGAUUGGUUAUCGGCCUCUGAAUUAGAAUCGAUGCCAUCAGUCGAGGAUAUCACUUUGCAACAGUUGGAGAACAUGUCAGUAGAAGAUGCCCAGCGAAAGAUUGAGAAGCUGUAUCACUUGUCACAAAUUAAUCACGCUCUAGAACCGUCCUUUGUUCCGAGCCCAAGUAAUGUGCCAGUUAUCUUGAUGAAACCCAAUGGACAGCCCGAGCGCACCAAUCUCAAUGAACUCGUCCAAACUGCCAAACAACAACCCAACUUUGGCGAUGAGGAAGUCACCAUUUUCAUUACCGGUUUGCCACAGUCCUCCCCUUCUGUUGCAAAGGCAAACAAAAAAUUGAUCCAGGCUUAUAUGCAGCGCUACAAUGGACAGCGUCAACCAAUCAGCAAUAACCAGGACUAUGAUUAUGGCAACAAUAAGGACAAUCAAGGUGCCACUUCAAGUGAAGAAGACUACAGUGAAUCGUGGAAGAACCCCAAACCCACAAAGGGCAACCUUGUGGUCAUCAGCUUGGGCUCCACCCUCACCAACAUGAAACGUUUGGCUCUUAUCGAUGUAGAACAAACCGGUAACAUGAUCGGUAAAGCUCUCGUUGAACUGACCAACGAAUGUGAUGUACCACAAGAGAUCAUUCAUAUUGUUGGACAAGGUGUUGGUGCACAAGUUGCCGGUGCUGCUGGACGUCAAUACAAACGUUUGACAGGUCAUCAAUUGCGUCGUAUCACAGCUUUGGACCCUGCAAAAUUGUUCGCUAAGGACAAGGAUAUGUUAACUGGUUUGGCUCGUGGUGAUGCUGAUUUCGUUGAUGCCAUUCAUACUUCGACUUGUGGAAUGGGAACACGUCAACGAGUUGGUGAUGUCGACUUCUAUGUCAACGGUCCAGCUUCCGCUGCUCCAGGCGCUACCAAUGUAAUUGAAGCAACUAUGCGUGCAACUCGUUACUUCGCCGAAUCUGUACGCCCAGGUAAUGAACGUAACUUCCCUGCUGUCGCCGCCAACUCCAUGGACCAAUACGAAAAUAACGAUGGCGCUGGCAAACGCGCAUACAUGGGUAUUGCUACCGAUUUCGAUUUGGAGGGUGAUUAUAUUCUGAAGGUGAAUUCAAAGAGUCCUUUCGGCAAGAGCGCUCCCGCUCAAAAGCAAAGCACUUAUCAUGGCCAACACCAGGCAUGGAAAAGCGGCAAAAACCAGAACAACAAUUAAUAAGCUAAUAAUUUAGCAACUGGGAACUCCCAUCGAAGAUUAGAAGGAUACUUUACUUUUUAACUAAUAAUUUUUGUACCUUUUUGAAUUUUCAUAGAAAAUAAACUAAGCAUUUUUCAUGUAAAAAUAUGUUUAAAGAAGCAA